AUGUCAGCAACUCCCUCCACACCGCAAGACGAGGGCAAUGACCCGUCAUCAGCCUUCAUCAACAUCAGCUCUUCUUCUUCUGCUUGUACUUUCCAUCAUUCCGAACUCUCUCCACAACACAAUUCUUCAAAAUCCAUUAACAAUGAAUUAUGUGAACAAAUUGUGAUUGAUCUUUCACUACUCGAUACCUUUCGAUUUUCAGAACCUGCGUUCAUCAACAAGAUACUUCAUGAAUUUAAAUCGGGAAAGAAAUUGAAAUGUAUUUUAGAAAAGAAAAAAACAAAUUCUCUCACGCCACCAAAAGAAUAUUAUUUUGUAUUGGAUGAUGAUGAAACAUUUGUAGAGGUGAAGGAUUCAAGAAAGAAGGAAUCGAAAUUACAUAUCUUUUUGAGAGACAUCAAACAACUCUUUGCAACAGAAGCCACCGUCAAAGGAGCCAAAGCUCUUGGUGUGACCAAACUAUUUUCAAAAAAGACAUCUCCUUCAGAUUCAGGCUCUGGAUUUGUUAUUGUCUUUGGACAGAAAGAGGAUCAAGUGACAGUUUACUGUGACUCGAAUAGCGAGUUUAAUGAAUGUAUUUGUGUAUUUAAUUAUUUGAUCAGAGAAUCAAGAAUUAGUUAUGAUCGGGAUCCUACCAAAUUGUUGAUUCUAAAACAUUGGAUGAAAGCAGAUGCCAAUAAUGAUGGACAAUUAGAUUACAAGGAAGUUGUCAAACUAUGUCAAAAAUUGAACAUUGACAUGUCUAGCAAAUCCAUGAAACAAAAAUACAAACAAUUUGACACUGACGGAAGUGGAUACAUUGAAUAUCAAGAAUUUGUAGAAUUUUACAAAUCCAUGAUGAGACGACCUGAAAUUGAAAGUACAAUUUUCGCAAAAUAUUCAAAGAAACAUCAAUUGGUCUUGGCUCCUCAAUUUUUUGAAUUUAUUCAAAGUCAACAAGAAGAAGAUGAUAUUAAAACUGAACAAGAUGCAGAGAAAUUAAUGCUUCAACAUGGAGCUAUCAAAACAGAUAUGGGACUUGGAUUGACAAGUUAUGACUUUACAAGAUUUUUAUUUUCUUCAUCCAAUUCAAUUCUAAAAUCAGAUUUUAAAAAAUUACAUCAAGACAUGACACUUCCAUUAUCUCACUAUUACAUUUCUUCGUCACACAAUACGUAUCUGACAGGACAUCAACUCAAAGGUGAAAGUUCUGUUGAAAAAUAUAAGGAAGUAUUACUUACUGGCUGUCGAUGCGUAGAAUUAGAUUGUUGGGAUGGAAAAGAAGAACCUAUCAUUUUCCAUGGUCACACUCUUGUCAGUAAGAUUAAAUUCCGAGAUGUCAUUCAAACCAUUGCUGAAAAUGCUUUCAAAGCAUCUGAAUAUCCAGUCAUUCUCAGUUUAGAAGUCCAUUGUAGUGAACCUCAACAAGAAAUGAUGGCUAAAAUAAUGGUUCAAAUCUUUGGAGAUGCACUCUAUUUACCACCUCCUGAAAGUAUUACAAGUUAUCCUUCUCCUCAUGAAUUGAGAAGAAAAAUUCUAUUGAAAGGAAAGAGAUUAGUCAGUGGAAGUGAUGAUGACGAUGAGGGAGGUGAUUCUGAUGACGAUGAAGAAGAUUCAGCCACAACUACUACUACCACGACGACGACAACGACCACGACCAAUUCCACUGAACCAAGCACUCCUUCCUCUUCCAAAGAAAAACCAUCUUCGAAAAAGGAGAAGGACUCGAAAACCAAAAAAAAAGUAGCCAAAGCAUUGUCAGAUAUUAUUGCAUUGUGUGCUGUUUCAUUUAAGGGAGAGUUUGCUGAGCCAUGUUGGAAAAUGCAUAGUUUUUCAGAAGGAAAAUUAGAAAAACUUCUCAAAAAAGAUCCAGAAGCAAUUAUCAAAUAUAACAAGAAUCACAUUUCGAGAAUUUAUCCCAAGGGCACAAGAAUUUCUUCCAGUAAUUAUAAUCCAAUGAUUGGGUGGGCAUUGGGAUGUCAAAUGGUUGCUCUCAAUUAUCAAACCUAUGACGAGCAUAUGAGAUUUAAUGAAGUCAUGUUUGAAGAAAAUGGAAAAUGUGGAUAUGUGUUGAAACCUGAUUUUUUGAGAUUGGAGGGUGUACAAGCAAGUCCAUUUGCUGUAGGUUCUUCUCCAGUACUAUCGAUUGUUUUCUCUAUUGUAUGUGGUGAACAAUUACCAAAACCUGGAAUGGCUGAUCGAGGUGAAAUUGUAGAUCCGUUUGUUCGACUUCAAGUCUUGGGAAUUCCACAAGAUGAAUAUGAUGAAAAAUCAGAGAGUGUGACCGACAAUGGAUUUAAUCCAGUAUUCAAUAAGCGCUUUGCAUUCAAUAUUACUUGUCCUGAGCUUGCAGUCAUUCGUAUUUCUGUUUAUGACAAGAAUAGAACGGCCGAUGAAUUUUUGUGUGAAAACUAUCUGCCAGUUAAGAAAUUAAAGAGAGGAUGUCGAAGUAUUCCAAUGCUGGAUCAGUAUGCCAAGCCGAUAGAUGGUUGUGUUUUAUUUGGAGAGCUUCGUAUGAGAGAAUUACGAAAGUCAUUGAGCGACAAGUCAUCAACCACUCCAACAACUCUCAGUGAAACAAAAAUACCUUCUGAGCUUGAUUCUAGCGUGACGAGUAUUGGAAAUGUGCCAACACCUGGUACACCAAUUCAACCUCCUCAGUCAGACAAGAAUCAACAGGUUUCUUUCUUUGACAUGUUGGAAGAGGAAUCAGCAUCAAAUAAUCAACAACAAUAA